AUGAAGGCUCUACUGUUGAUUUGCUUUGUUGUUUUAUUGUCUACUGAAUAUGUUCAAGGUGCAGCACUCAAGAAAAUUGUCGGUGAAUGGUUAAGGGAAACUUUCAGUAAAAUUAUAAAUCACUUCUUUCAAGGAGGUGUCUCAAACAUGCUUAAUCAUGCAAUAAACGAAUCUGUUGGAGAGAUGAUGGAUACUCAAAAACAAUUGAAUCCCGAUGAACAAUCUACCCAAGGAUUGGGCGAUAAACAGAAGAAAGAAGAAAGAGACAAUGAAGCCACGGGAGAUAACUCUGAUUUCCUAAGCGGAGUGAUGCGCGAAACUCAACAGAAAAUUGGUGACAAACUGAGCGACACUGCAAAUGAACUUUUAAAAGGAUUUCUAAAAAGCAAUGCUUCUGAUAUUGGGAAAAGUAAGUUUCAUGAUUUUAUCGUGAAAAUAGAUUCUUCGAAAUGGUAA